AAAAAAUUAUUCAGUAAAACAGAUUUUUUUUAUUUGUCAAGUGAAUGCAAUACGCUUCCGUAAUCAACAUCAAAUCAAUACAUUUUGACUCAGGAGGGUUAUAGCCUGAAUAUAUAUGAAAUUGAAAUCUAAAUGCAUAUUGAAGAUGGAUUGUAUUUCUGUGCAAUAAGUCUGAUAUUUUUUUUUGGUAUUCCCUAAACACAUGGUCAUGGUUUGCAGCCACCGCCUGUAAUUUCGAUAACGCUUGUGGACUUUUAUUUUGAAGCUCAGGAACUCAUCUGCCCCCGGAAGCUGUAUUCUUCACUCUAACUUCACACUGUUGACCAAAGAUGGCGGCUGGUAGAACCAAGUGUUAGCAGAGUGUCUUUGUUGUGUUUUUAAAGUGUGAACAUGUCUAAAGUCCAAAUGCUGAGAUCGUUGGUGAAGCAGCGACUAACUGCGGCUGCUGAAGAGAUAUUUGGGCUGUUUGAAAGAACGAUAGCAGAGUACGAGGAGGAACUUUGUCGAUCAAAAGAGGAGAACGAGCGACAACAGAAACUACUGGACGCUGUUUUCAACCCUCAGCUUCAGUUAAACGGAGCAGACGUCCAGCAGCUGUUGGUGGUUAAAGAAGAGGUUCCCCCUGAGCAGCAGGAGUGGAGCUCCAGUGUGGACCAGGAGGACCCAGAGCCUCUUCACAUUAAAAAAGAAAAGGAGGAACUCUGGAUCAGUCAGGAGGGAGAGCAGCUUCAAGGGCUGGAGGAGGAUGAUAUCACCAAGUUCCCAUUCACUAUUGUCCCUGUGAAGAGUGAAGAUGAUGAAGAGAAACCUCAGAUCUCACAACUUCACCAAAGACACACUGAACAGGUGGAAACAGAAGUUGAAAUAGAGGACUGGGGAGGACCAGAACCAGCCAGGAACUCAGAUCCAGAUACACAUUUACAACCUGAGACUGAUGACAAGCCUGGAGACUCUCUUGAACCCGAGACUGACAUCGAUGAUGAGUGGAAGAAGACCAGAGAACCUAAGUCAGGUUUAAACUUUAUGAUACAUGAUGAAGACCCUGUCAGCGAUUGGAGAUGUGGUGCUGGUGAGAAACCAUUCAGCUGCUCUGAGUGUGGGAAAAGAUUUGGGAAAAGUGGAAAUCUGAAGCGACACAUGAUAACCCACACGGGAGAGAAACCAUUCAGCUGCUCUGUGUGUGGGAAAAGAUUUUACCGCAAGACACAUCUGCAGGAACACAUGCGGUCUCAUACAGGAGAAAGACCCUUCAGCUGCCCAAUCUGUGAGAACUCUUUUACACAUCGUGGAAAUUUACAGAAACACAUGAUAAUCCACACAGGAGAGAAACCCUACAGCUGCUCAGUGUGUGGUAAAAGAUUCCCUCGAGGGAUACUUAGCUCAUCACAUGAGAACCCACACAGGAGAGAAACCUUUCUGCUGCAAUGUUUGUGACCAAAGAUUCACUUGGCUUCACCAACUCAGAAACCAUCAGUGUGAAACUGUUUAGCUGCCUUAAGUGUGGGGAAAAAUUUAGCUGCAAGACACUUCUAAAGAGACGCAUGUAAACUCAUACAGGAGAAAAAAGUUUCUGCGGCUCAGUUUGUGUGAAAUCAUUGAGACAGAGUGGACAUUUACACUCAUGAAAAACCACACAGGAGAGAAACCACUUAUCUUCUUUGAGUGUGGGAAAUGAUAAGAACCAAGAGAAUUCUGAAGCAACACAAAAGAUUUCAUAGAGAAGAGAAACCUUUUGGCUGCUCAGUUUGUAAAAACUUUUACAUAGAGCAGGGGUUUGCACACACAUGAUAAUCAACACAGGAGAGAAACCCUUCAGCUACAGUGUUUGUUAACAAAAAUUCACUUUGCCUAAACAGCUCAGAAUCCAUCAGUGUGUUGGUUGUCAGUCCUCACAGCCUCAUCAAACUCAGCAUGGCCUCCAGCCAGCAGCUCAGCUGAACAGAUGGAAACAGAACCAGAUGGAGAGGACUGUGGAGGACCAGAACCAGCCAGGAGCUCAGAUCCAGAUACACAUUUACAACCUGAGACUGAUGACAAGGCUGGAGACUUGAUUUGGCCGCAAGAGCUUGAGGACAUGUGGAUUCAUACAGGAGAGAAACCGUUCAGUUGCUCAGUUUGUGAUUCAGGAUUUCCUUGGAAGGAAAAAUUUCACAUGAGAUUUCAUUUACGAUAAAACCCUUUUUUGCUGCUCAUUUAGUGCGAAACAUUUCACACACGUUGUGAAAAACAUAAGAAUCCACACAGUGAAGAUAUUUUUCAGCUCUCAGUUAAUGGUAAAAGUUUUGAAAGCGCUCCAGUCAAAGUUCAAGAAAAUCAUGUGGAAGAUAUGAUGCAAAUAUGACGUUUCUGUUUUGUGUAUGUAUGUCAAGAAGGUUACAGUGUCCUAAUCGCUCCUCAGAGGUCCACGUUAUCAGCUCUUCAGUCAGUCACACGCUUCAUUUUUCACUUUGUCGCAGUUUGUUUUUGGUGUUGAUACACAAAUUUUUCCACCUCAGCCAGUUGUGGAAACUUUUUGCAAUAAUUGUAUUUUUUUCUUUCAUUUCCACUUUCAUUUUUAUGCACAAUUUCAAAAUGGUGUAUAAAGAGUUGACUAGGUUACGUUAGGCUUCGGGGGUCUGGAGGUAUAGUGAAACAAUUUUGGUACAAAAAAGACUAAGUUUGGAAGACGCCUUGUUGAUUUGUUUGAAGCAUCAUUCAGCUGUGGCUGAAGCUAAGAAUGUAUUACUACAUUCACUAUCGUCUGUUUUAGUAAACAUCACACUACUUUGCACAAUUUAUCCUGAGAUGCUGGCGCAACAAUAUGUAAGUAAGUUUGGUUGGUAGUGUUUUCAGCAGGAGUAGGGCUGAGGCAGUAGCGGGCAGACGGAUGUGCCUGGCUGGUAAGCUGUGAUGGCUGGCUCACUGUCUCAUGUUAUUCCCUUGCCACCUACAGGAGACAACAGUCCUCCUCUCCAAACACUGUAACAGCUCCUCUGUUUUUCUGUGUUCUCCGUCAGCUACACUUAAGGUCACAAGCAGACCCACCGCAACCACUCCAGACAGAACGAACAGGCUCUCAGCUUUGCCUUGUACCUAGCAAAGUGUAGCUCGUCCCUCCAGAAUGUUGUGAUCACAACAAUUAACGCACAUUCAGUCAAUCCCUGUGAAUUCUGCUUAACCUUGCAAUUUUGAACCAAUCACUGCAACUUCACCACAAAUGUGACCAAUGAAAAGGGGUAAAAACUCAUUAUAUUGUAGAGCUUCAUGCAGCGUAUUGAUUUGUUGAGCUCUGUGCCCGGGACAGAGUCGCACAAACACAGUGACAGGGCUAACUGGCAGCUCCACUAGCAUCACACAGCUACGUUACCCAGCAGCUAUUAAUUGGCUUACCGUCAGAGUUGAGCCGUUUGGGUGUUGGUGUCAGAUGUAAACCGCUGCUGCAAGGCUUUUGCCCAAGCGGCAAAAUCUGAUGAGUAGAGAUGAUGUUGUGCUGUAUUAGCUUGUGCGAAUUGCAGCAUCAGCAGCUGAUUGUUGGCACAAAUAGAUUCUUAUUCUGUGGGAAAGGGUGAAUGCUUGUAAUAUUAAGCCCCAAAUCUGUGACAUUUGAGCAAUUUUCACUGGAGCUGGCGUUUCAUCCAUCCAUCUGUCCAUUUUCAGCUGCUUAUCCAAGGCCUGGUUGCAGGGGCAGCAGGCUGAGCAAAGUACUCUAGAUGUCCCUCUCCGCACUAAUGCUUUCCAGCUCCUCCUGGGGGAUCCUGAUGCAUUCCCAGACCAGAUGAGAUAUAUAAUCCCUCCAGGU